CUCAACAAGAAGUUUCUUAAGUUAAUCUGUCUUCUGGGUGAGGCUCAACGAGAGAUUGAAUCAAAACUCUAAAUCACAAAAAAGAAGAAGAAUGGAUUUGGUAGACAAGGCGAAGAAUUACGUAUCAGAGAAGGUGGCAGAAAAAGUGGCGAAUAUGGAAAAACCAGAAGCAACUAUUGAGGAUGUGGAUGUUAAGAAGAUCAGUUUUGAUAGCAUUUCAUAUCAUGCUAAGGUCUCUGUUACCAAUCCAUAUAAAGUUCCCAUUCCUAUUAUGGAGAUUGCUUACGUCGUUAAAAGCGCGGGCAGGAUAGUAGCUACAGGUACAAUUCCAGACCCAGGUUCAUUGAAGGCGAAAAGCACAACCUUAGUAGACGUGCCAGCAAAGGUUCCACACAGUGCAAUAGUGAGCUUAGUGAUGGACAUAGCAGCAGAUUGGGACAUUGAUUAUACACUUGAAUUGGGUCUCAUUAUUGACCUUCCUGUCAUUGGUAACUUUACCAUUCCACUCUCUUAUAGCGGCGAGUAUAAGCUUCCUACAUUGUCUGAUUUAUGGCGAGGUGAUGACGAAGAAGAGAAAGAUGAAAAAGACGAGAAAGACAAGAAAGAAGAGAAAGUGAAGAAAUUAGAAGAGAAAGAAAUAAAGUGACAAGCUGAUAUAUAUUGUGGCAUUAUGAGUCAUUCUUCGGCCACAAUAUAUUUGCUAUUUUUUGUUUUAGAUUUUUUAAAGCCAGAAUGUUAGAAUACAAGUAGAGGAGUUUGAACGAUCAAGUUAUACUAUUUGAACGAUCAUAUUUCCUUAUGUUGUUUUACAUGGCUUUUGAUGAUAUUUAGGUAAGACUUGGCAGGUGUAAUUGGGUGGUUAAUUAUUUGAUUGACAGUCUUCUUGCCU